CUGGGCAGCCAAGUAAACACAACUGGGACCCUAGCUUCUGGCAUGGCUUCUCCUUGCUCUUCGGAUCUCAGCCCCUCUAGUCUGCCCCCGCCCCCUGUCACCACUCCAGGUCCAGCUGCGCCCCCAGCACCGCGCUUUCCUGACAUCUACGGCGGCGACGCGCAGCUCUGGGAGGCGCAUUUCCGCGGCAUCGGGCGCGCCUACCGUGCGCUGGGCAAGGAGGACGACUUUGCCAUCCGCGUGCUCACAGAGGAUUUCACGCUGCCCUUUCCAUUCGCCUGGCCGCCAGGGCCCGACCCGGCCACCGGGCCGCUCUUCUACGACCCUCGGGACCGAGCAGGCUUUGACUUCCUGCUGCGCGGCCCUGGCGCACCGCCCCCUGCGCUGCUGCGACCCCUGCAUGCCACCGCUCAGGCGGCCGAGCGCAAGCGACGCCUGGAGCGCCUGGCGCUGAGCUAUGCAGGUGCAGGCCGGCCACCUGGCUUGGUGCUGCUGGCGCCUGCAGCCACUGCCUUCCCGCCCGAGGCGGGCCGUCCUGCUUGGCGAGCCCUCGGUCGCGACAGCGAAUAAAGCCUUUGCCUCUCCUGUC